GCGCGUGUGGCGGCGGGUACGCCUCGCUGCCCCUCUCGCCCGGGUUGCUCCCCUUUCCUCCUGCGUAGCUGCGGGUUCCUGCGCGCUCGCGGGCCGCCUCUCCCGCCAGGUGACCGGUAACGGCCGCUGCCGGGCCCCACUAUCCGUCGCGGGUACUUUACCAGCCUCAGCAGAUCCCUACCAUAUUUUUGUUUGCUUUGAAUCCCUUGUGGAAACAAGAGUAACCAUGCUGCCUGAGGGUAUUCAGGAAGAAUAAAAGUGAUAUACCUACCCCAUUGCAGUAUUCUUAUAUGGUAUCUUAGUAGAUUUUCUACUCUGCUAUUAUAUGGCAUGAACUGCUGUGAAAAAACCCCAGCCGAACAGCCCCACAGCUUGAAUUGAACUGAAAGUAAAUAUUUUGAAGAUGGCUAUUAAUAACUUGGUUUCUUCUGUUGUAAGGUCAGUGAUGGGCCCUUGUAGAAGAACUUGAAGAUUGAAGUGAGGGAGCUGCUCACUCUGCCAAAGCCCAGUUUGGAAAUAACUGAUUUCAUUAAUCUCUGCAUGAUGGAUUACCUCCCAAAUUUUGCUUCUGGUGUCCUGUUUCCUACCUCUGCAGAAUUUCCUGUUGCAGCAACUUCUAUUAACAACACUCCCAAAACAUGUAGCGAGGUGUCUGCAUUUUAACAAACACUUGUAGCUGUAGCUGAGUAUUUUGAAAUUAUAUUAUAGCAGAUUUUUUUUUUAAAAAGCGUCUUCUGUGCUGUGUAAGGUGGGCUUUUAAAAAAUAGCUAGAAAAGCUAGUAACUUCUUGGGUAGUAUGAUGCUAUAUAAAUGAAAUAAAGUAAAUUCUGAAUCAUCUGCUCAAGUUUUACUGAUCUCUUAGUGCUUACUAAAGAAUUAUAAUUUAUCAGUAAUAUUCUGAACCUUCAAUUUCAUAAAAUCAUCACUUAAUACAGUAUUUUUGUGCUAAAACAGCAUGUAAAAUAUUGCAUUACUAUAAACUUUUAAAUUAAUUUCAAGUAGCUCUAGUAUUUUUAAUCAUUUAGUUGAAAUUGUAGUUUUCUGUGAGAUUAGAUUAUCUCCUAACUAUGCUGUGAACAUUGCUUAAACAGUUGUUUCACAUUAAUUCAAAUAAGGUACUGAAUAGUGAAUUCAUAUCAGGCUUUUUAAUUAGCAAUGGUAAAUGAAGAUGUUUGCUCAAUAAUUAAGUUUAAAUUGAACUUCACUGUAAUUCUGCAUCUGCUAUCUCUCUCCAGUUACUUUAAAUUUAUUUUUCUAUGUGAGUUUGGCCCAAUAAAUAACUUAUACUCUUUAUUUUGUACAUUUAAUUUUAUAGGCUUUGAGUAGCAGUGUUUUUACCAGUUAAAUUAUGAAAUACUCUUUUGAAUUUUAGGUAUUUUUAAAUUAAGCAAAGGCCAAAUAUGAAUUUUUUUUAUUUUCUAGUAUUUGGUGGUGUGCUUAUUGCAUAAACCACAUUGUUUAAAGUCAAACUUACAUAGCAAUCAAAAAUGUCCAAAAGACCUCAAAUUCAUGUUUUUGUGGGGGCACCCAGUAUUCCAAGCCUGCUGGAGGUGUCAGAGCAAAAUAGUUCAGCACCUGCUGCUGAAAAAUGGAGAGAACUCUGCUGUUUGUGUGAUACCCGUAGUCUUUUUUCUGAAAAAGUCCAAGGUGCUGACCACUUGUUGUUUCAGGCAGAAAGUUCUCUGGUCACAGCACUUCCUACAAAUGACGAGAGCUCUUGGCAGUCUGAACGGGGGAGAUUAACAGUAGCAAAUGAAUAUUCGACAUCUCUCGUACCUGUGGCAGUAACUUGUACCAGCACACCUAAAAAGAUUGAAAGCUUAAUUUAUUCUGAUUGUCAGAUAUCUAAAGACAGAUGCAUACAGGCUGCAGAUCACCACGCUCAGCAAAAAUGUGCGGAGUCAGCUGGGCAGGACAAACAAUCACGUGGCUGUUGUGCAGACCUCACAGAAAGAAAAGCUCAUCGUUUAGAUGUUAACAGCUCUGACAUUUCUGAUUUGGUUGACAGUACUAAGCAGAUUAGCAUACAUCUGAGGUCUGUGGGACAGAGUGUUCAAUCAGAUUGUAGAAGUGAUCACCAUGAACAUCUAAGUCAAUAUCUGAACAUGUUUCUCCCCCAAAAUCGAGAGUCAAAACCAAAAGAAGAACCAAAGGAUUGUUUAGACUUUGCAGUGUCAACAGAUACUGAAUUUCGUAGCAUAAUGACUUCAAGUCAGAUGGCUGUUUUUGUGCAGGAUCAGAAUAAGAUGCAGAAGAAAAUCAUUAAACUGUUGGAAACAGAAGCAGGCAAAAAACCUGAAGAAGGACAUUGUGAUCAAGUCCAAUUUGACUCUGGUGUUGGAACAUGUCUUAAUGUGGCUGAAAAUGAAUGUAAGGAAGAGUAUACAAGUUCCCUUGAACUCUUCAGUUCUGAGGGUGAUGAGAAAAAUGUUUGCUUUGAAGCUACAAAACAAGAAGAAAAUGCUCAGGAUAAUACAGAGAAGUCUCAAGAACUUAAUAUUCCUGCUGAGCCAUUUGUAAAUGAAAUCCAUAUUGAACCAUUGAGCUCAGGAAUAUUGUGCUCUCAAGUCAACAGCUCUCAUAAGAGCUCUUCUAAAAGAGCCCACAAAUGUGAAGAUUCCUCCAAUAUUUUUCAUUCAGGGUUUAAAGGGCAGCUGAAAUCAAAGAGAGCUAAACUGAAUUCUUUUCCAGCUGGUCCUGGGAUGGGAGUGGAUCAAGAAAGUAUGACGAAGUUCAGGAAACUUCAAAACAAACUAUCGCCACUUAAAAAUUGCUGCUGCAAAAAUCAAAAGUACAAUGUUUUAGUCACAGUAGUACAUCCUUGUCAUAUCAAAGAAAUACAGGUGAAGACUAGACCAAAAUCUUCAUGUAAAAUUCCUGUAGCAACAAUUGUAGUUAUUGACCAGUCAGAAAUUGAGAGGAAGGUGAUGCUGUGGCGUGGUGCUGCAUUUUGGUCACUCACUGUGUUUCCUGGGGAUAUUGUGCUGCUUACAGAUAUAAUAAUGUAUGAAAAUCUCUGGUGUGGAGAAAUCAUGCUGCAAUCUACGUUUACCAGUCAGUUACUGAAUCUGGGGAACUGCUCAGCCCUCAAUCCAGAAGAAUUUUAUCCUAUAGUGGAUGGUGAAGUUCUCCGUGGUUUAUUAGCAUACAUAUUAUCAGCAUUUCCACACUUCGGAGACAUUCCACGAAGACAAGUUCAGAGACUGGACAGUGUUCAGUAUGUGCAGCUAGACCAGCUUCAGCCAAAUACGUUGGUCCACUCAGUCUUAAAAAUUAUCAACAUUGCCAUAUUAACAGAAUCUGUGUAUAGCUACAGAGGUGGCAACCAAAGGAAAAUUAUUCUAACGGUAGAACAGAACAGAGAUCAACACUACAGGAUGGUGCUGUGGGGAGCAGGGGCUGCCUGGUGCCCUCAGCUUCAAAGGAAAAAAGAUCACAUAUGGGACUUUAAAUACCUUCUGGUCCAACACAGUUCUGUCUCAGGUGACUUUGAACUGCACACGACUCCGUGGUCAUCUUACGAGUGCUUGUUUGAUGAUGACAAAAGGGCAAUUGAAUUUAAAGAAAAGUUUCAGAAAAGCAAAAUGUCCCAUAUGCAGGUGACAAAGCUCUCAGCACAUUUGGAGGAAAAAUGCUCAGGAGUGAUUCACGUGAAAGCCCAUAUCUUAGAACUGAAGUUCACGAUUUCAACUGGCCAGUACAAGCAAGUCAUCUUCCGUGCCGACACUUCGCUGGAGUGUGUUUUGGCUUCUCUGCCUAUGAUUACGUAUUCAGGUUGUGCUAAAUGUGGUUUGGAACUACAGGCAGAUGAGAACAUGAUCUACAAGCAAUGUAUUAGAUGUUUGCCAUACAACCAAGUAAAAACAUUCUACAGACCUGCUUUGAUGACGGUAGAAGAUGAAGGAUAUGAAAUUUAUGUUCAUGUGGUGUCUGAGUUGAUGGAAAAAAUCUUCCUCAACAUUCCUGCAGACUGGCUGAACAGAUUAGUAGUGCCCUCCUCAGAUAUAACCUACAGCACAAUAGUAGCAGAUCUGUGUCAUUUGCUGCUGGCAGAUACGGAAGCAUCCUAUUUGUUGGAAAUUAGGAGCCAUUUUGUGCUAGAUGAAAACAGCUGUCCUCUGCAAAAGGAUUUCCAUCUGCUAAAUUUUCAUCCUGAUCUUUGAAGUGUCGACCUCUGCUGUAACUGAGUAACAGAGACCAUAGGAAUACACAGAUGGCAAACAGAAGAAAAAUGAAUUAGCUCAAGGAAGGAAAUCUUUUUAAAAAUACAAGAAAGGAUUUUGGUUUUAACUUACACGCUCACACAAAGGACUGGUAUGGAAUAUCUGCUAAUAGUCUAUACUGCUGCUAUAAUACUGAUAAAUUGUUAUAAAGUAUUUUUUUAUACAUACAGUUUUCUUAAUAAACUUUUACGGGGUAUCUGUUUCCCUUUUCUCUCCAGAAAAAUUCACUAGCAUUGAGAGACUGAGAUUUUCUCAUAUAUGGCAGAUUAGAUGAAGACAGCCACAACUCAGUAGUAUUAUUAUAGUUAUGAGUUUUUUUUUGUCUUAUCCUAUACCUUAUCUGUAAGCUGGUUAUGUCUUUGCUUGUUUUGCUGUUGUGUUUGCUUUCCUUCUUUUUAACAGCAGAAUUUCUGCCACUUACCCUCAGCAAUUUUGCUGCCUUUGUUUUCUGUUGUAAAACAGAACCAUCUCACUGAAUUUAAUUUUGUGUAUCUAGAAGUUGUUGCACUGAUUUAUUUAAGAGGUUUUAAACAGCUUAAAAUAAUGCAUUCUUUCAUGGACACUUUAAAUGAUUUAGUUGUGGUAUUUAUCCAGCAUAAGCUGGCAAAUAAACUUCAUCACCUUAAGCCAA